AUGGCGGGCAGCCCCGCGGGACUGCGGGGCCACCUGGUCUGCUUCCUGGCCCUCCUGUUGCGAGAACUUCCCCGGGCGAGGGCAGAUGGCCUUGUGGAUGUGCUCCAGGCAUUUGGUGUGCAGGAGGGCAAGAAUGGGGUCACCAUCGCUGCUGGGAUCUGCACUCAGAGGAAUGGAUCGGAGGAAACUGACUUGGCCUUCCGCCUGGAGAAUCAGACUCAUUUCAUCACUCCCACAAGGCAGCUCUUUCCUGAUGGCCACUUCCCAGUGGACUUUUCAAUAUUAGCCACAAUGAAAGCACUCAAAGGCAGCCAAUCUUUUCUGUUUUCCCUGUAUGAUGAACGUGGUGUACAGCAGCUUGGCGUAGAGAUUGGACGUUCCCCUGUUUUCCUCUAUGAAGACCAGCUGGGUUUUCCAGUGCCCGAGGACUAUCCUCAUUUUCACAGAGUCAACUUGGCUGAUGGCAAAUGGCACCGCAUUGCUCUAAGUGUGAAAGGUGAAAGUGUAUCUUUGCGCAUUGACUGUGAAGAUGCUAUAAUGUUACCCCUGAAGCGAAGCAAGCAGCCAGUUGUCAGUAUUGAUGGGGUCACCUUGCUUGGGGCACGUCGACCAGAUGAAGACAUUUUUGAGGGAGAUCUCCAACAAUUACUGCUUGUGCCAGACCCAGCAGCUGCUGCCCAAUAUUGCCAGGAUUACAUGCCUGAUUGCGACAGACAACUCAUCUACAAAUUGCAGACUCAGGAUGCAGAAGAGAACAUUCCACAGAGGAAGGGCAAGAAGGGCAGAGGCAGAGGCAAAGGAAAGGGCAAGGGCAGGAAGAAAGGUAGAGGCAAGAAGAAGAGAAACAAAGAGUCCCUCGAGAAGUCCUCGCUCAUUCCAGCCUCAGGCGAGAAUGAGACUCCAACUGAUACUAGUCCGACGAAGGCAGCUACUGAGUUCUGGGAAAAGGUUCCUGAUGCAGAGGUUGGCAUCCUCACUUCUACCACUAUGACAGCCAACCUCAACCUUACAGACAAUUACCAGGACCUUCUUGGAGAAGAGUAUUUAAUCAAUGAGAAUACAGAAUUGAAUGCCAGUGUCACUUACAGAGCAUUUGACGAGAGACUUGACAAUAAAGAUUACGAGGACUACUAUGACCAACGAGGGGCCAGUGAAGCAGAGCGGUAUGAUCCAGCUGAGCACAUUGAAGCCACCAUCCUAUUUCCCGAGCAACCAAAUCUGAAGGGACAGAAAGGGGAGGCAGCGGUUAUUGAACCUGGUAUGAUUUUUGAAGGGCCAGCUGGAUAUCGAGGACCACAGGGAGAGACGGGUCCCAUGGGAUCACCAGGGCCACCAGGAUUUCCAGGAGAUCCUGGCGAGCAGGGACCACCAGGACAUCCAGGUCUUCCAGGAGCUGACGGGCUACGUGGACCUCCUGGAACAAUGCUCAUGUUGCCAUUCCAGUUUCGUGGUGAUUUACUUAAAGGCCCUUCAGUAUCUUUCCAGGAGGCCCAGGCCCAGGCUAUUUUACAGCAAGCCAAGCUUUCCAUGAAAGGGCCUCCUGGCCCAAUGGGACUCACGGGAAGGCCAGGACCACUAGGUCUACCAGGAAAAUCAGGACAAAAAGGGGAUUCGGGUGACGCCGGACCCCAGGGUUCCCCCGGGAUACAGGGACCAAUUGGACCCCCAGGGAAAAUUGGCAAGCGGGGUCGUUCAGGAGCUGAUGGUGGCAGAGGACUCCCAGGAGAAACAGGAUCCAAGGGUGACCGGGGCUUUGAUGGUCUCCCAGGACUCCCUGGAGAAAAGGGAAACAGUGGAGAUAUAGGGAAGCCAGGCCUACCUGGACCUCCUGGAAAUGACGGUUCUAAGGGCUCUGAAGGUGUGCAAGGGCCCAGAGGACAGCCUGGGGAAGCUGGUGUACGUGGUUUGCCAGGCUCGCGAGGUAAUCCUGGUUCUCACGGCCAGCCGGGUAUCACUGGUAUUGAUGGUGCUCCUGGGCCUAAAGGCAACAUGGGCAUUCCAGGUGAACCAGGCCCAUCUGGGCAACAAGGAAACCCUGGAUCUCACGGUUUGCCCGGUCCUCAGGGCCCCAUUGGGCUUCCAGGAGAAAAGGGUCCACCAGGAAAACCAGGAAUACCAGGACUGGCUGGAAUGGAUGGACCUCUGGGGCACCCUGGAAGAGAAGGGCCAGCUGGAGAGAAAGGAGUUCAGGGUCCAUCUGGUGCAGCAGGGCCAGUUGGUUAUCCAGGUCCACGAGGAGUCAAGGGGGCCUUUGGAAUAAGGGGCCUCAAAGGCAGCAAAGGUGAGAAGGGUGAAGAUGGAUUCCCCGGCUUCAAAGGUGAUAUGGGGCCCAAAGGUGAUCGGGGUGAUGCCGGCCAACUGGGCAUACGUGGUGAGGAUGGCCCUGAGGGGCUGAAAGGACAGGUGGGACCUACUGGGGAAGCAGGUCAUCCUGGCCUGUCUGGUGAGAAGGGCAAAUUGGGGGUGCCAGGGCUGCCAGGCUAUCCUGGCCGCCAAGGACCCAAGGGUUCGACCGGAUUCCCAGGGCCCCUAGGCCUCAUUGGAGAAAAAGGCAAACGAGGAAAAGCUGGCCAGGCAGGACAGACUGGACCACGUGGUCCUCUGGGUAUUUCUGGUGAACGUGGUUUGCCAGGCUCUACAGGGAAGCCAGGAUCAAAGGGUGACUCUGGCCAUGAUGGCCCCCCAGGGACUAUAGGAGAAAAGGGGCCCACUGGGCCGCAGGGAUCCAAUGGAUUCUCCGGAUCAAAGGGACCACCAGGUCCUGUAGGAAAAGAUGGUCUACCAGGACAUCCAGGCCAGCGUGGUGAGCCAGGAUUUCAUGGCAAAACUGGCCCACCAGGGCCACCAGGUGUUGUUGGGCCACAGGGAAACACAGGAGAAACUGGCCCUAUGGGGGAGAGAGGCCACCCAGGGUCCCCUGGUCCUCCUGGAGAACAAGGCCUGCCUGGUAUUGCUGGUAGGGAAGGUGCCAAGGGUGAUCCUGGACCUAGUGGCAUCCCAGGCAUUCCAGGUCCUCCUGGAAUUAGAGGCUUCACAGGAGCCCGUGGUGCUGUUGGAGAGAAAGGACCAAUUGGGCUGAAAGGAGCAGAAGGGCCACCUGGUCCAGCAGGCACCAUUGGUCCUCCUGGGGAACGAGGUCCCUCUGGAGCAGCCGGAGGCAUUGGACUACCGGGAAGAGGGGGUAAUCCCGGACCACCUGGACCUGCAGGGGAGAAAGGAGCACCGGGUGAUCGAGGACCAAUGGGUCCAGCUGGUCAUGAUGGAAUCCUAGGUCCAGUGGGGCUUCCAGGCCCAGCUGGGCCUCCAGGACUUGCUGGAGAGGACGGUGACAAAGGAGAAAUGGGUGGCCCAGGGCAGAAGGGAAGCAAGGGCGACAAAGGAGAUGCGGGUCCCCCAGGACCAACUGGGAUCCAGGGUCCUAUUGGGCAUCCAGGAUCUGCUGGCCCACAAGGUCAGCGUGGUGGGAUAGGCCAGCCUGGUGCUGUUGGUGAAAAGGGUGAGCCAGGUGAAGCAGGGGAUCCUGGACCAUCAGGGGACCCAGGCCAACAGGGAGUGAAAGGUGAUGUUGGUGAAAAAGGAGAUUCUGGCCAGUCUGGAGCAGCAGGGCCACCUGGAAAAAAAGGCCCCCCAGGAGAAGAUGGAUCCAAAGGGAACCUGGGUCCGAUAGGAUUCCCUGGUGACCCGGGCCCAACUGGAGAGCCUGGUCCUCCUGGCCUAGAUGGAAUUUCUGGUGAGAAAGGUGAUGUGGGUGAUCCAGGACUUCCAGGUCCACUUGGAGCUUUUGGGGAACCAGGUCCUCCUGGGCCACCAGGGAAGAGGGGAUCUUUUGGGCCAGCUGGACGUGAAGGUCGACAGGGUGAGAAAGGGACCAAGGGUGAAUUUGGUACAGAGGGUCCCUCAGGGAAAAUGGGACCGGUGGGCCCACAAGGACCUCCAGGCCAAUCUGGUUCAGAAGGUCUGCGUGGAAUUCCUGGUGCAGCAGGUGAACCUGGUUUAUUGGGAGCUCCAGGACAGGCAGGGCCCCCAGGUCCCAUGGGUCCUGCAGGGCUCCCUGGUCUCAAAGGUGAUCCUGGCUACAAGGGAGAGAAGGGUCAUGCAGGACUCAUUGGGUUGAUUGGCCCUCCAGGUGAGAUGGGUGAAAAAGGUGACCAGGGACUGCCAGGGAACCAGGGAACAUCAGGCACUAAGGGUGACCCUGGCAAUAUUGGACCUCAGGGUCCUCCAGGCCCACCUGGAUCUCCUGGCCUCUCGGGCCAUCUGGGAGAAAAAGGCAACAAAGGCUCUUUGGGACCUAUUGGACCAAAAGGUGAUCUAGGACCACCAGGGCUACCAGGACCACCAGGCCACCCUGCUGAACUGCAGAAUCCAAUACCCAUGGGAAGUAGGCGCACAAGCCGCCAAGACUGGGAGAUAGAAGAACAGAGAGAUGCUCCAGGGGAGGGGGAUAUUGAUCCUGAUGCUGAUGGACUGGCAGAAGUCUUGGCAGCCCUGAGCUCUCUACGUGAUGAGGUGGAGCAAAUGCGAUGCCCAGUGGGCACUCUGGACAGUCCAGCCCGGGUCUGCAAGGAGCUUCAGUUUUGUCAUGCUCAUCUCAAAGAUGGUGAAUACUGGAUUGAUCCAAACCAGGGAUGCAACCGAGAUGCCUUCAAAGUUUAUUGCAACUUCACAGCUGGUGGAGAAACCUGCUUAUUCCCUGACAAGAAAUUUGAGGCUGUACGACUUGCCGCCUGGAGCAAGGAGCAACCAGGAAAUUGGUUCAGCACUUUCAAAAGAGGCAAAAAGUUCUCCUAUGUGGAUGCAGAUGGCAAUCCUGUGCUGGUCACUCAACUCACAUUCCUACGCUUGCUGAGUGCCGUUGCCCGGCAGAACUUCACCCUCUUCUGCCAAAAUAUGGCUGCUUGGUAUGAAGCUGACACCCACAGCCACAUGAAGGCAUUGCAUUUUCGGGCUUUCAAUGAUGUGGAGUUGAUGCACAACAGCACAGAUACUCCCAUCCAUGCCUUGUAUGAUGGCUGCCAGGUUCGCAAAGGUCAGGAGCGGACAGUUCUACAAAUAGUGACGCAACAUGUGGAGCAUCUACCAUUGGUUGAUGUGGCUGUUCAGGAUUUUGGCGAUGCCAACCAAAAGUUUGGCUUUGAGCUCGGCCCGGUCUGCUUCAGUGGCUGAGCCUUCCAAAGAUGGACACUCCCUCUAGACCAUGUUGGACCACCUCUAGAAAAGAGAGAACUAAAAGCCUUUUCUCUCUGCACUGGUGGGUGGGGGG